CGACGUACGAUAUAUAGUUUUCGUCGAUCAGUUACGAUCUACAAGCGUAGUUCGAUCAAGCGUUCAUAAUACAAGAACAAAAGAAGAAACGUCAAGAGCAUGGUGCUCGUUAUCUUUAUUAUAUUAUUAAACUUUUUAAUUGGAUGUCGCGCUGAAGGAUCACCUGAAUGUAAUGUAAUUGGGUCCAAAUCCCCUUCGCUACGACUUAAAAGACACUUAUUUUGCGAGUAUGAUAAAUCGAUAAGACCAGUUCUACAGAAAGGUACUGCUGUUAAUGUCACUAUCAGCCUUUCACCAAAGUUUAUGGACUUUAUUGAUCGAACUAGUACAUUUAUUCUUCAUUCAUGGAUAUUUAUUAAUUGGAAAGAUGAACAUUUAACAUGGAAACCAAAUGAUUUCAAUGAAGUUAAUAGAAUGCGCGUGAAAAGUGAUGAAAUCUGGGUACCAGAUUUUUCAGUGUAUAACUCAGGAGACAUGGACCGUUCUCAAACCGGCAUAUCUGAUACAAUUUGUCAAAUCACAUAUACGGGUACCGUAAUCUGCGUGUCAUCUAUUAAAUAUAGCACUCAAUGCGAUACAGAUUUUACAUAUUGGCCAUACGAUACACAAGUAUGCAGUAUUCAUAUGGGUUCAUGGACUCACACAGGUGAAGAAAUUAGUUUUGAUUUUCGACAAAGAUCUAUUAACAUGUUAACUUUUACACCACACAAACAAUGGUUAAUUAGAAAUUACACAGCAAGAAAAUAUAGUCCAAAAUUCAACUGUUGUCCCAAUGAUACUUUUCCUACAUUAAUAGUUGACUUCAAUUUGCAAAGGCAUUCUUCCAUGAUUCAUGCAGUUUUUGUUACUCCUGCUGUUGUUUUAAUGAUUAUCACAUUAACAGUACUCUGGUUAGAUUCGAGAUCCGUUGAAAGAAUAUCACUUGCCGCAGUGAACUUUAUUUGUCACAUGCUAUGUAUAUACGAUCUUCAUUGGUUGCUUCCAUCAAAUGGAUCUACACCUCCAUAUAUAUUACUCUUCUACCGAGAUUCCAUGGUGCUAGCGAUGUUAGCGAUGAUCAUUACUAGUCUUUUGCGCAAACUUCAAGCAACAAAAGUUUCUGCGCCAAGAUGGAUCGUAACAACAGUAACAUUUGUAUUGAGUAACCGUGCUGGGCGUUUCUUUUUGAUCGGUAAUACCCCAGAUGAAACAAUGAAUAUUGAAGGAGACUUAGAAGAAAGUAGCGAACCAGAGGGCAACAUAAUAUCGUCAAAAAAUCAAGAUGACUCGUGGAGAAAGCUUGCUAUAAUCAUUGAGUGGUUAAAUUUCACGAUAACCAUAUUCGUCUAUCUACUCUUGAUACUUUUAUUCGUUCCUAUCUCUGACGAUAAACACAAAACUUCAGUUUAGCCGAAUUUGAUAUGUUAUAUAACUAGUCAAAUAUGAAAAUAAUUAAUAUUUCUGACGAAUCAUACUAU